AUGCCUGCCGUAGCAGCGUCGCUUCGCGUCCACAUCUCAUCUCUCGCCGCGCUGCCGCGCAAAUCUUUGCUCCGACCGCUCAAGCCGCUCGUGACGCCGUCUGUCGCCAGGCUGCUCGUGGCGCCACCCUCAGCCUCAUCGCGCUCAGCCGUAGUCGCCAUGGCGGCCGAGCCGCGCGGGCCCCAUUCAUACGCGGAUAUAGAAUCCACGCUAGAAGGCGAACCCCUGAUCGAACUCUUGCCAUCGUGGGCGCGUCGCACAAUCUGUCCGGCCGGCAGUGGUUGCGGCGACGGCGAGUGCGAGCUGCUCCACGUGGACCCCACCUGGCGAGACGCGCUGGCGAGCCGACACAUGGCGCAUGGGGUACAGAGCAGUGGCGGCAGUGCGUGGGGGGGAAGACCUCGGUUGAUCGUGUGCGCGGGACCAGAGAGGUCGGGCUCCACGUGGCUCUUCAACGCCGUCCGCCUACUGCUCGCCCUCUCGGGCCAGCUGGCGCUCACCUAUUGGCUGCACUCCAUCUCCGCCAGCAAGCUGCGCGCCAGGGGGCUCUCGCCUCUUGGCAGGCCUGAUCCUGGGGGCAAGGGCGGAGGUCAUGGGGGGAUGGGGGGAGAAAGAAGAGGGUCCGCGGAGGGAUUCGGAAAAAGAGGGGAUGGGGAGGGAGUGGGGAUGGAUGGAGAGGGGUGGGGAGGAGUGAACGUGGUGGUGAAGACACACGAGUGGGCGGAGGGGUGGGAGGUGGGCGAGUGGAGUGGGGUGGUGCUGCUGACUGAGAGGGACACGUUCAUCACCUUCACUCAAAUCUCUUUUGGAAUCUUUCGUCUCUCCUCUCCUCUCGCUGCUGCAUCGCGCCUCAUGUGUGCAACCCCCUUCAUCUACUCGACCACACCAGCAGUGCGACCCUCACUCCCAAGCACACUCGUCUCUGCCAUUCCCCCCUCUUCCCCACCCUACUUUUCCUCCCAUGCACUCCCGCAGUCGCAUCAGGGCCACCCGCGCAUCAAGGCGCACAUGCAAUCUUACCUGCGUGACCACUAUCGCUGGAAGCAGCAUGCUGCUGCCGUCAUCCCCUUGGCCUCCAUCGUGCCGCCCGGCAGCCCCUCGGAGCUGCUCUGCCUCUCCCACCUCGCUGCGCUCCUGGGCCUACAAACCGUGGAGGGGGCGGCAGCAGGGGCGGCGGAAGGGUCUGGGCUUGAGGCGAUUCAAACACUUGAAGGGAGAGAGGGGGCUGGUGGGAGGGCAGUGGACGUGCGUGUUGUGUCAAGAGCCCUUGCUCAGCUGCCAGUCCCCACAGUUCCCACAGUCUCAUUAUAUUUCCAUCCCUCCUCCCACGUCCUCCUCCAACCCCACCCCUCCCCCCCCAACUUUCUCGUUGGCUGCUCUCCUCCCUCUAACCUGCCACCAACGCUCACUGCAGGCUGUUCGCCUGACCCUGUGACCAAGCUGUGGCCGCGCCACAAGAGCAAGGGGGGGUCAGCCAGGGCCCUCACAGGAGAGGAGCGGGCGGAGCUGCAGCAGUUUGUGGCGUCGCUGGCGCCACCUGCCAGUGCACCCACGAAGUAA